AUGACUAAGGCAGAUGUCAACGGCAAACCCAAGGUCGCGUUUAUCGGUCUCGGUGCGAUGGGUAGAGGAAUGGCUAUACAACUGCUCAGCGAAGGGUUUCCUGUCAGUGGAUUCGACUUAAACCCAAUGUCACUCGAGACAUUACUGGCCAUGGGCGGCACUGUCGCCCCAAGUCCACGGGAAUGUGUUCAUGAUGCCUCAUUCUUUAUCUGCAUGGUAGCGAAUGCCCCGCAGAUAGAGCAUGUAUUAUUCACCGAAUCAGUGGGUGCUGUGUUCGGCUUCGUGAAGGACGCCACUAUUAUAUUAUGCUCCACCGUUGCCCCAGGCUUCCCGCAGAAGAUCUUGGACCAGAUCCAUCAUCGAUUCUGCAGGCCAGAUAUCAAUCUUGUCGAUUGCCCUGUAUCUGGUGGGGCGCUUCGUGCAGCUCAAGGUACGCUGACGAUCAUGUCGUCUGGGGCACAAAAUGCUCUUAGACUUGCCCAUCCAGUUUUACAAUCGUUCAGCCAAACGCUAUACACUAUCGACGGAGGACUGGGGUGUGCCAGUAAAGUCCAAAUUAUCAAUCAGCACCUUGCAGGAGUUCAUAUUGCUAUUGCAGCAGAGGCCAUGGGACUAGCUGCGACUAUGGGGAUAAAUACAAAGCAAUUCUAUGACAUAGUGCUGAAAAGUCCUGCGCAUAGUUGGAUGUUUGAGAACCGAGUGCCACACAUGCUUCGCAAUGACUGGUCGCCGCACUCCGCUCUCAGCAUCUUUGUCAAAGAUUUGCGCAUUGUCACUUCGGAGGGUCUGAAGGAGGACUUCCCUUUGUACAUCGUAUCUGCUGCAGAGCGUCUCUAUCAAUUUGCUGCACGAGCUGGCUAUGAAAAGGAAGAUGACUCUGGCUUAGUGCGGAUUUUCAUUCCCCAGAACUUGUCCUUGAUUUCCGAGGCGACGCAUCGAGAAAGCCACGCAGCUGACCAUGAGCGAACGUCAAGAAUGAUCUGCCUUAUGCUGAGUAUUGUUCACGAGGUAGCAGCAGUUGAAGCUCUUUCCCUCGGUAUAAAACUUGGUCUAUCUAUUAAGGCUUUGAACUCGAUAAUCUCAAAUACAGCGGGUGCAAGCAGAAGUUUUGCAGCUGUCGCAACAGCGAUGAUGGGACAACAAAUCGCUCCCAUACGUACUCUAACUCAGUGCAGAGACAUUCUGAAGCAAGCGACGAUUAUUGCCCAGACCUAUGAUUACCCUCUCCAGAUUACCACCACUACACUGCAGCUAUUGCAGCAGGCUGUGGCUCGUGGCCUGGGAGACCAGGAUCAAGCAGCGCUUCACGUUUUAUGGAAUCCUUUAGCCUUAUGA